CGUACAUCUGGGGUACGUGCCAGGUUGCAUGGUACGUGCAGUGUCCCCAGUGUUCUCCUGUGUUGUCGUUUAUUCUUAACCUGCCCAUGUGUGUUACCUCGCGUUUAAACACCUUUCGGACCUGAGGAGAGGGUCACUGCGGGUCACUGCGGGUUGUAGAGAGAGCAACCCCCAGUCGGAACAUGUGAAAUACAGUGAGCACUCGCUUACAACCUGUGCUAGCUGCUUUUAGCUUUUUAAGCUCGGCUGGUAACGUGUUGUGUUUAACCUUACCAAAUACGGGUAUUAGAAUAACUAGCCGUUAGUUUAGUAGCGAGCUAAGUUGGCUAACGUUAACUGUUGCUGCAGUUUAGUAAGUUCCCUGGGACACUUAUAAAGUAACACCACUAAGUUAUAAGCGGUUCACCUAACAGCUAGGGAAGAGCUCGAACCUGGUGACCUUCUCUGACAGCUGGGUGUGUGGGUUGUGAAUGGACAGUAGCUACAGCUGGCCAGAGGACAGACAUAUGGACCAGUAUGACAGCUACGUAACCGCAGCACCGAGCCUCGUUCAGCGCUGGUAACGGGACAUGUGAGUAGAGUUUAUGGUUGUGUGUUCGCUUGUAAGAAUGACUCGCCGCUCGGUGGUUAACUUUGUGAGCUUUGGGAAUCGAGCUGUCAGCCUGCUGUACGGUAACCCCCUUCGCCCGCUCCACACUUCAACAUGCAACCCCUCCUCGCAGCCGAAAGCUGGCUUUAAACCGGAGAAAGUGGCGGUGGUCACAAAGACCACACGGUAUGAGUUUGAACAGCAGAGGUAUCGCUAUGCGGGGCUCUCUGAAGAGGACUUGAAACAGCUGCUUGCUAUGAAGGGCUCCAGCUACAGCGGCCUGCUGGAAAGACACAACAUCCACACCAACAAUGUGGAACAUAUUGUGAAGAGCCUGCGGAGAGAGGGCAUCGAUGUGCGAGUGGUGAAGAGGGGAGAGUACGAUGAAGAAGUGGUGCGAUGGGCGGACACCAUCAUCUCUGCUGGAGGUGAUGGGACAAUGCUACUUGUUGCCAGUAAGGUUUUAAGCAAGGACAAACCAGUUGUUGGAGUAAACACGGACCCUGAGAGGUCAGAAGGCCAUCUGUGCCUGCCUGUGCGGUACACUCGUGCCUUCCCAGAGGCACUGGAGAAACUCUGUCGUGGUGAGUUCAG